CAACCGAGGAUUGCCGAUUGCAGUGACUGCACCAGAACAGACCGUAAUUAACUUCCUUGUUAAAUAAUUUUCAAACUUCCUGAUAAAUUUUGGCUCAAAUCAAGAAAACCUUUAUUCUGUGAACUUUAAAAGAAGCAAGCAGAAAUGUGCACCAACCAAUGGAGAACAAUUGAGAUGGUUAUUUUACAGUAGUUAUAAAUAUCAAUGAAGGAAGAUAUUUGUUAGACAUGAAGUAUUUACAUCCAUUCCUGAUUGUGGUUAGCAGUCAUAUAAUACAAGAUCAAAAGUGCUAUACAACCCAAUGAUCCGAUCCCACUGGUAAUCUACAGUCUGAAUGUGAAUUAAGAUGUCAGAAAAUGAGAGAGGCCAGGAUUCGUCCCAAUAUAGUCAGACAGAUUUAUUAUCAAGCCCUGAGACAGGAAAAGCUCAGGAAAGAAUGACACAUUCUUCAUCACAGCCUUAUAGAUUACCAACAGAAGAAGACAACCGAUUACAGGCUGCCUAUUUAGUCCUCUAUACUGUACCAAGGGCUAUUGAAAACUUCAUCGUCAGAGAAUACAAAGGUGGUUUUGUCCAAGCUAUUCAUGAUUAUAAAGAUAAACUGAAGGCCAAACUCAAAACAGAGGAAUGGAAUUUACUCAGCCAAUUAUUAGUUCACUACAGAUUGUACCAUUUCUAUGAUAAGAUUGUACAAGACACCAUUCUAGAUAAAGAUGUCCUUGAUAAACUGAUUUCCAAAUGUAUCCUCAGGAUAGAAGACAGAGCGGAGAUAGAACACUAUCCCAGACAAUCUGACCGCAACAAAUGUAUCUUAGACCUUCUAAUUCAAAGACCACAAGAUUCCUACAGUAUAUUAUUAGAAGUUCUUAAGGAGUCUUCUACUUGUUCUACAGACCUGAUAGCAUGUUUGGAAGGUCAACAACUUUCUCAUCAUGAAGUUGUUUCACAGUCCAAAGUCAAAACAAUUACAGGGUACCAUUCAGUCAGGUUACAAAAAAAUUACUACAAUCUGACUGAGAAUUUAUCUGACGUAAGAAAUGUCAUUGAUUUAUUGAUAUCAAAGGGAGUUUUAGCACCUGAUGACCAUGCAGAAAUUGUUUCCAGUGGAGUGUCAGCUGAAAUCAAUAGAAGACUAAUAGCUAAGAUCAGAAGUGAACAAGAUUAUCUGUUUCUUCUUGAGGCACUCAAGGUGGACCCUUGCAAUGGAGAACUAGCACAUGACUUAGAAUCAACUGAUGUUAGCCAAGAUGAAUUAAACCUUGUUCAAACAGCCACAGUACCAUCACUAACAAACAGACCAGGAUUCCAGACGCUGGUUACAUUAGUUUCUAUGGUUAAAGCUGUACAGAUUCCAAAUACAGAACCAGACAGCCAUGAUACCAGUUUAUCAGCAGACUUAUAUAGACUACAGUCUUGGUAUAAAAAGAUCAUUAAAAUGACAUCCAUGGAUUCACAUCAAUACCAACAAUUUGUUGAAAUAAUACAAGCAAUUUUUAUGAGAAUUGGUGGAAAGGAGAAUCCUGCUGUUAUAGAAAUUAGAUUGAGUCCUGUCCUGCUAAAACAAGUUAAAAAGAUUCUUGACCAUUUACAAGAACAAGACGAGAAAGAAACUGAACAGGAGGAAGUUAUCCCAAGGAAUAUAAGAGAGCAGAUAAAAGAACAAUUAGAAGACUGGGAAAAGAAAGAUAAGAAGUUUGUCUCUACCAGAGCCAGUAAUUAUGUCAUGGAAUGUGUACAGGACAACAAUUGUGUGACUUUAACUGCCCCAGCAGGAGUUGGAAAAUCUUUUAUCUGUAGACAUACAGCACUUGUUUUACAGAAGAAAGGAUACAAAAUAGUAUUGGUGUAUGCCCCAACAGAUAUAAGAGAUUAUUAUCAGCCUGGUAAACAGACAGUCUUCAUUGUAGAUGAUAUUUGUGGAAAUUACACUGCUAACCAACAACAGAUUGAUAACUGGAAACAACUGUUACCUGUGAUUAACAAGAUUAUUGCAGACAAAUGUUGUAAGAUUAUUGUAUCUUGUAGGUUACAAGUUUAUAAGGAUGAUAAGUUUAAGAUAUUAUCACCUUUUAAAUCUUGUGAAUGUAACUUGAUAUCAGAUGAAUUAUGUCUUACAUCUGAUGAGAAAACAACUAUAGCAAAAACAUAUAUUAGUACAAAUUUAAAAGAUAUUGAUGAUUUAUCGCAAAAUAGUGAAUUUUUUCCACUUUUAUGCUCCUUAUAUGUUGAAACAAAGAAUUCAGAUAUGAAAGAAUUUUUCAGAAAUCCAUUUGUUGUCUAUAAAGAUGAGCUAGACAAGUUAAGUGAGGCUGGUGAUGAAGGGAACUAUAAAAUAUGUAGUCUUGCUUUAUGUGUUCUCUUUAAUAAUCAGCUAGAAGAAAAAUGGUUUCAGGGUAAAGUGACUGAUGAACAACGACAGAUCAUAAAUGACACAUGUGAGGCUUGCGAAUUCAUUGGUAUACCAAAGGCAAAACUAAAGAAAGCACUUGACACCCUAGAUGGUACAUUUAUAUGUAAACAGAAUGGUAUUUAUAGAACUGUACAUGAUAAACUGUUUGACUUCCUUGCUCAUUACUUUGGUCAGAAAAUGAUUGAAUGUUUAAUAGAUCAUGGUGAUAGUGGUUUACUGCAUGAACGCUUUAUGUGGAGGAAAUCACCAGAUAACAUGGACAGUAACAUAGACUUCAUUAUUGAAAUAAAAGAUGAUGAUUUAAAAUCAUAUUUAGAAAGGUUUAUUAAGGAGUGGUCAGCAGGAAAGGUGUCAGAUGUGUUUGAUAACAUUAAUAUGAAGGUAUCAUCAUUCAGACAACAGUUAUUACAGUACUUAUUACAACUAGACAAAUCACAACAAGUAACAUUAGCCCACACCAGGGAUACAGUGAGACCAAAGGAGGAGUUUGGAUCAGGUAAUACUCCACUAAUAGAUACUUGUUAUGAAGGUUAUCAUGAUAUGGUACAGUGGAUGCUACAUAAUGAUGUGGAUGUGGAUCAGUGUAAAGACAAUGGGACUACUGGACUGAUCAUGGCAAGUCUGAAAGGACAUACUGAAAUAGUAAAGUUACUAUUAGAGAAGAAUCCUAAUGUUGAUCUAUGUAACAAUGAUGGCUGGAGUCCUCUGAAUACAGCAAGUCAGGAAGGACAUACUGAACAUGCUGAAAUAGUAAAGUUACUAUUAGAGAAUAAUCCUAAUGUUGAUUUAUGUAACAAAAAUGGCUGGAGUCCUCUGAAUACAGCAAGUAAUGAAGGACAUACUGAUAUAGUAAAGUUACUAUUAGAGAAGAAUCCUAAUGUUGAUCUAUGUAACAACAAUGGCUGGAGUCCUCUGAAUACAGCAAGUAAUGAAGGACAUACUGAUAUAGUAAAGUUACUAUUAGAGGAGAAUCCUAAUGUUGAUCUAUGUAACAAUAAUGGCUGGAGUCCUCUGAAUACAGCAAGUGAUGAAGGACAUACUGAAAUAGUAAAGUUACUAUUAGAGAAGAAUCCUAAUGUUGAUCUAUGUAACAAUGAUGGCUUGAGUCCUCUGAAUACAGCAAGUCUGAAAGGACAUACUGAAAUAGUAAAGUUACUAUUAGAGAAGAAUCCUAAUGUUGAUCUAUGUAACAAUAAUGGCUGGAGUCCUCUGAAUACAGCAAGUAAUGAAGGACAUACUGAUAUAGUAAAGUUACUAUUAGAGAAGAAUCCUAAUGUUGAUCUAUGUAACAAUGAUGGCUGGAGUCCUCUGAAUACAGCAAGUCUGAAAGGACAUACUGAAAUAGUAAAGUUACUAUUAGAGAAGAAUCCUAAUGUUGAUCUAUGUAACAAUGAUGGCUGGAGUCCUCUGAAUACAGCAAGUCUGAAAGGACAUACUGAAAUAGUAAAGUUACUAUUAGAGAAGAAUCCUAAUGUUGAUCUUUGUAACAAUAAUGACUGGAGUCCUCUGAAUAUAGCAAGUAAACAAGGACAUACUGAAAUAGUAAAGUUACUAUUAGAGAAGAACCCUAAUGUUGAUCUAUGUGACAAUGAUGGCUGGAGUCCUCUGAAUACAGCAAGUCUGAAAGGACAUACUGAAAUAGUAAAGUUACUAUUAGAGAAGAAUCCUAAUGUUGAUCUUUGUAACAAUAAUGGCUGGAGUCCUCUGAAUACAGCAAGUCAGGAAGGACAUACUGACAUAGUAAAGUUACUAUUAGAGAAGAAUCCUAAUGUUGAUCUAUGUAACAAUGAUGGCUGGAGUCCUCUGUAUACAGCAAGUGAUGAAGGACAUACUGAUAUAGUAAAGUUACUAUUAGAGAAGAAUCCUAAUGUUGAUCUAUGUAACAAGGAUGGCUGGAGUCCUCUGAAUACAGCAAGUCUGAAAGGACAUACUGAAAUAGUAAAGUUACUAUUAGAGAAGAAUCCUAAUGUUGAUCUUUGUAACAAUAAUGGCUGGAGUCCUCUGAAUACAGCAAGUCAGGAAGGACAUACUGAUAUAGUAAAGUUACUAUUAGAGAAGAAUCCUAAUGUUGAUCUAUGUAACAAUGAUGGCUGGAGUCCUCUGCAAAAGGCAAGUGAUGAAGGACAUACUGAUAUAGUAAAGUUACUAUUAGAGAAGAAUCCUAAUGUUGAUCUAUGUAACAAUGAUGGCUGGAGUCCUCUGAAUACAGCAAGUGAUGAAGGACAUACUGAAAUAGUAAAGUUACUAUUAGAGAAGAAUCCUAAUGUUGAUCUAUGUAACAACAAUGGCUUUACACCAUUGAUCUCCUCGUGUAUCAAUAACCACACCAAUAUAGUGCAGCUAUUAAUUAAACAUAAACCAAACAUUAAUGCCCAGACCUAUGAUGGUGGUAAUGCUUUAUAUUUCAGUGCAUUUAAUGGAAACCUAGUGAUAACACAGUUACUGUUAGAGAACAAUGCUGACUGUAAUAUCUGUAUCCAUAGUAAACAGUCUAUAAUAGAUAAAUUAAAUAACCAUCCAAGUAAAACAUUGGACAAAGAAAAAAAAGAAUUAUUUGAUAGCCUGGUAAAGAAUACAUCUUCACAUGUAACAGAUUAUGUCAGUAAGAAGUCAGUAGAUUAUGCCUUUGAUGUAGUAGCUGGUUCUUCUCCUUUACACAUAGCCAGUUAUAAGGGUAGGACAGAUGUAGUCAAUUGUCUUCUUGACCACAAUGCUAACAUCAACAUGACAAAAGAAGAUGGAACAACACCAUUAUUUUAUGCAUGUGAAGUAGGACAUGAGGAUAUUGUACGUUUAUUGUCAGUCAGGGGUUCUAAAUUGUAUUGA